UUAAAAUGUUGAUACUAGUAUUAGUACCUUUUUUGUAUUGUUUAAUCUCUGUUUUUCCAGAUCUUGAGUAAUUGUCCUGUAUAAAUGUUUGUUAGAUGCAGGAUUGUUUGAAACCGCUUUUGAUGUUUGUUAAAUUGAAUUAUGUUGUUGCUUUUUUUUUUUUGAGUAUGACUGGCCAGUUGGAGACUUUUAUUCUUGAGGUUUAAUUGAAUUAUACUAAUUUUCAUCUUCUCCAUCAACAGAUUUAAAGCCUGCCUGCAUUCAUGUAUCCACUUUAAAUGAGCCAUUUGAGACUGGACUAUUGUUGAAUGCCAAAUUCUGUUUCUUGAUUGUGAUGUAAUCUUCAAUACAUCAAUUUUGUGGAUUCAUGUUUUUGUUGCAAAUUAUAAUCACUUAAUUUCUAAAGGACUGUGUGUUUUAUAAUGAAUGUUGAAUAAUCCCUCCUUUAAUCCAUGUAAUUGUUGAGAGUAUUUUAGAUGCCAUAAAGAUGAUUAUAGCCUAGCUUUGGUUAUACAUGGUUAACAGGGUGAUGGCAUUUCCUACAACAAUGGGAUAUUGUAUAAAUUAAGGAAUCUGGGCCUUUUUUUUUUUUUUUGCCAGAUCUUCUCCAUACCACACGGCGAUCCUGAUUCACCUCUGCAGUGAGAAAAGGUGGUUUAUAAAGAGGAACAACGCCCAGUGUAACCACUGACGUUUACUGACAUACUAUAACAAAAAUGAAAUGUGUUAAAGAAGAGUUUAAAGAGGAGAGUGAAGACAUCAGUAUUACAGAAUCAUGCAGAAUGAAACACGAAGAUACUGAAGAACAAAGAGACUUGACUGAAGUAAAAGAAGAAAGUCAAGAACUGAAUGACAUGGAGGAGAAACACCAUGAUCAUAAAUGUGAUCGAUUCAUGACUGGUGAAGAACCUUUAAGUGGCUCAAAGACUGAAAUUCAUUUUUCAACGAAAAGAACUCGAGGAGCAAGAGCCAAAAAUUCUUUCACCUGCCAUAAGUGUGGAAAGAGUUUGGCACAUAAAGCAGAUCUUCAGCGUCACAUGAUAAUUCACACUGGAGAGAAGCCUUUCCCAUGUUCUCAGUGUGGCAAGAGUUUUGCACAUAAAGCAAAUCUUCUGCGUCAUAUGAGAAUUCACACCGGAGAGAAACCCUUCACCUGCUCUCAGUGUGGCAAGAGUUUUGCACAUAAAGCAAAUCUUAAGCGUCACAUGAAAAUUCACACUGGAGAAAAGCCAUACCACUGUACUUCAUGUGGGAAGAGUUUCAGCCUAUCAAGCAGUCUCAAAAUGCAUCUGCACUAUCACUCUGGAUUGAAACCAUUUAACUGUGAUCAGUGCAGCAAGAAAUUUACGCUGGCAUCACAUCUAAAGUUACACCUGGCAAAUCAUUCUAAUGAGAAACCUCACGUGUGUUCAUUUUGUGGAAAGAGUUUUGUUACAUCAUCAAUCCUGAAAACACAUGUAAGAGUGCAUACUGGAGAGAAGCCAUACCUCUGUACUUCAUGUGGGAAGAGUUUCAGCCAAUCAAGCCAUCUGAAAAUUCAUCUGCACUAUCACUCUGGAUUGAAGCCAUUUAACUGUGAUCAGUGCAGCAAGAAAUUUAGGCUGGCAUCACAGCUAAAGUUACACCUGGCAAAUCAUUCUAAUGAGAAACCUCACGUGUGUUCGAAUUGUGGAAAGAGUUUCGUUACAUCAUCAAUCCUGAAAACACAUGUAAGAGUGCAUACUGGAGAGAAGCCAUACCUCUGUACUUCAUGUGGGAAGAGUUUCAGCCACUCAAGUAAUCUAAGGACUCAUUUAAAAAAGCGUUGUCCAAAACUGUCAUAUGAGCAAUGUUAACUUCAGGGCCAAAAUGUAUUAAAUGUAAUCAAAUGUCAGUCAGUUCACUAGAUCUGGUUGCUAUCGACUGAAAUUAAUGCAAUCAUUAGAAAAUAGAAACUGAACAAGUGAGAGGACAGAAGUGCGUAAGUUGAGGCUCAGAUUUUGAAAUACUUUGUUUUAAUUGAUAAUGAGCUCUUGUGUUACAUGACAGCAAGAAGAGCCUUUCUUCAGGAGCGAAGUGCGUAAUUACUGUUGUGGACUCUCUGCUAUGUACAGUGCCUUAUAAAAGUAUUCAGACCCCUGACCAAUUCUCUCAUAUUACUGAAUUACAAAUGGUACACUGAAAAUUCAUCCUGAUUGAUACUUUAUUUUAAAACACUGAAAUUCUAAAUCAAUUAUUGUACGUCGUUAUUGUUUAUUUUUGUGGGAAAUAUUUGUAUGAAAUUCAACCCCCACACGGUAACAUUUGAUCGAGCCUUCUUUUGCUGCAAUAACUGUUUUAAGUCUUCUGGGGUACAUAUGUAGCAGCUUUUCACACAGUGACAAAGUGUUUUUGGCCCAUUCUUCUCGGCAGAUUUUCUUCAGGUUGGUUGGGGGACACUUUUGGACUGCAAUUUUCAAAUAGUGCCACAUUCUCAAUUGGAUUGAGAUCAGGACUUUGACUAGGUCACUGUAGGACAUUUAUAUUUUUGUUCAUGAGCCACUCCAAUGCUGAUUUGGCAUUGUGCUUGGGAUUAUUGACCCGCUGAAAGGUGAAUUUCCUCCCAAGCUUCAGUUUUUUAGCGGACUGAGGCAGGUUCUCUUGCAGUAUUUCCCUAUAUUUUGCUUCAUCCAUUCUUCCUUCAAUUCUAACAAGAUGCACAGUCCCUGCUGAUGAGAAGCAUCCCCACAGCAUGAUGCCGCCGCCACCAUACACCAUCCUGUAGGGAUGGUAUGUCUUGAGGCAUAGGAAGUGUUAGGUUUGCACCACACAGAGCACUUUGAGUUUUGGCCAAAAAGCUCUAUCUUGGUCACAUUUGACCACAAAACCUUCUCCCACAUCUGGCAAACUGGCAGCCAUGCUUUCAGAUGGUACUUUUUGAGUAAUGUUGCCACCCUCCUACACAGGCCAGCGAUAUGCAGUGCUCUUGAUAUGGUUGACUGGUGCACCAUUACUCCACUCCCAGCCACUGAA